GCAAAGGUGUGGGGAGCUGAGAGAAGGAAUGGAUGCUGGAGGAAGUAGGGUGAGGAAGGAGUACUGGUUAUAUAUUGUAGAAAGAGAGAGUCGAAAGUAGAGGAAAAGGUCGACUUUUUAAGCAUGUCAGAUCAGUGCACCCAAGCAGAGUUCAAGGCAAAGGGAUGAGCUGCAGGUUCUCUUUCUGUGUUGGGAUGAGAGCUCUUCAGCUUCCACCAGUAAGAUAAAAGAUGAAGAAGGAAGAGAGUCUGCAUGCGGCAAGUGAGGCAUCUUAAUGAGUGUGAAGAUUAAGAGGAUGGCUUCAUGAUGAUGUGCAGAGGUUGAUGAAUUGCCUUAUCUGGGGAUCAUGUCCUGUCAAGGAAGCUGCUGCCUUCGCAGAUGUCCUUUUAAAGCAGAGCGAUGCCAAGCCCACCAAUCUCUCUCUCUCCGCAACUGCUACUGCCACUGCCGCUGCUCUCCUCUCCUCCACACUCCAUCAGGUACUUCUCCUCUACCUCUCACGCCUCCCGCUCCUCCUCCCCCUCCUCCCACCGCCUGCUGAGGAGGCCUUAGAUAUGCUCAGUUCACUCAAGUCCCAUGAAGAGGGCGAUCAAGAACACCACCGCCACUCCAAUCCCCUCCACCCCAACCCCCAGCAUGGCCAGAUCUCUCCCUCCGCCCACGCGCGCCAGCUCCUGCUCAGCUGCGCCGAGCUCGCCCACCGCGGCGACCUCCCCGCGGCGCAGCGCACUGCCUCUCUCCUCUUGGCCACUGCCUCUCCCUAUGGCGACUCCACCGACCGCCUCGUCCACCAAUUCGCCCGCGCCCUCUCCCUCCGCGUCGAGCGUCUCCUCCCCCCAGUCGUCGACGCUGCGUCCCCGGAGGCCCUCCAGUCGUCCUACCUCUCCUUCAACCAGAUCACCCCCUUCCUCCGGUUCGCGCACCUUACCGCCAACCAGGCCAUCCUUGAGGCGGUCGAUGGCCGCCGCCAGGUCCACAUCCUCGAUUUCGACACUUCCCAUGGGUUGCAAUGGCCGCCCCUGCUCCAAGCUAUAGCGGAGCGCUCCGACCCCAAAGAUCCCCCUUCCAUUCGCGUCACCGGCACCGGGAGCAACCUCGAAGUCCUCCGCCGCACUGGCGAUCGGCUUCAGACCUUCGCCGAUUCCUUGAACCUACACUUUCAGUUCCAUCCCCUCCUCCUCCCCUCCACCUCCAGCAACCCUCUCUCUAGCACCAGUGCCGACCUGACCUCUUCUUCCUUCCAAAUCCACCCGGGCGAGAUCCUCGCGGUGAACUGCGUGCUGUUCUUGCACAAGCUACUGAAAGAUGGCGGCGGCAGUGACGGCUCCCAUGACCUACGGGCAUUUCUUCAAGCUGUUCGAGCGAUGAACCCGGCGGUGGUGACGGUGGCCGAGAGGGAGGCAAGCCACAACUCGCCCAUCUUCCUGCAGAGGUUCACGGAGGCAUUGGACUACUACACGGCUGUGUUCGAGUCGCUGGAGGCGACGCUGCCACCGACCAGCCGGGAGCGGGUGGCGGUGGAGCAGGUGUGGCUCAGCAAAGAGAUCGAGGACGUCGUCAGCCGCGAGGGCGAUGGGAGGAGGGAGCGGCACGAGCGGUUCGAGUGGUGGGAGGCUCUGAUGCGGCGCGCCGGAUUCACCAAUCUGCCCCUCAGCCCCUUCGCGCUGUCGCAGGCCCGCCUCCUGCUCCGCCUGCACUACCCGUCCGAAGGGUAUCAGCUGCAGAUGGUGAGGGAUUCCUUCUUCUUGGGGUGGCAGAAGAAGUCCCUCUUCUCCGUCUCUUCUUGGCACUAGUGCAACAACCCUACCAUACCAAAGUGCUCAUAACCUACUCAAUUAGCUCUCUCUUUCCCUCUCCCUCGUUCCUGUUGUCUGUGGAUCUAAGUAGGGUUUUUGUUCUUAAUUGUAAGACCUGAGUUGGAGAAGAGGGAGGGGAAGUGCAGUGCAGGUAAUAUAGGUUAGCAUAUACUCCUAUAUCAUCUUGGCUAGGAACCCUAACCCUAGUUUCUGCUCCUGUCUAUUGGAAGGAGGAGAAUGUGGAGGUGGUGCACGUUGCAUGGGAUUUCGGAAGCUGUGAGCCAAAACAAAUGGUUAUAACCCUCACCAUUCCUCUCUCUCUCUCCCUCUCCCUCUCCCUCUCCCUCUCUCUCCUUGUACCCUUCUUCCUUCCCAAGGCAAAGCCCCACAUCCCUUUUCCUUGAGGCUCUUCCUUAUCCCUGUGUUGCUUAUGCUUAUAAACUAUAUCCAAGGUUGUUGCACCAUUAUAAUCUCCCUCACAUUUUUUUAUUUUAUUAUAAUGUAUGAUGAUCAUAGUGCUUCUUGUAGUCCUGCAAUGGAUUGCCCCCUUUGGGUUAUAGAAUUGUUUCCUGC